AUACAGUGACGCUGUAAGGAUAGACAGGAAAUACGCUGAAAAAAAAUAUCCAUCGUUGGAAGUUAAAACAUGAAGGACGAAGACGUUUAUUUCGAUUACAACUUUGGGUCUGAUAAUCCCAAGAAAAACAACGAACGAAUAUGGGCUGUUUUAAUUGCUUGCUUAGUGGCAGCGUUUGGCCCAUUCAGCUUUGGAUAUGGCAUGGGGUACUCGUCUGCCGCAGUGGUACAACUAUCGGACGUCAAUACGACUGAUCUGUAUCUGAAUGAGGCCGAGAUCACUUGGUUUGGGGUGAGUUUAACUCGCGUAUUUUUCUUAUGUAUUACAUUAGAUAUGAGUGCUCUUUUCUGUGAGAUAAAUAAGAUAGCGUGUUUUGUAAAUGCCAUAUCGAGUGCGGAAAUGCGGGUAAUCAGUAAGCUUAACUCCUGGCGGGCUUUUCUCUCGCGGACCUUUGCUUCUGAUAUCUUUACACCAACUUGCACCUCUCCAGAGUUCCACAGCAAGGAAAAAGUUAAUAUAAAGUACCUCUAAUAUUAAUAUAUGUUGAUUCAGAAGUUUUUAAAUCAAAACUAGUAAAACACAAAUCUAUCGGACCAACCGGAUAUGUUGACUUAAGGUAGAAGAUUAAAGACGUCAUAAUGUAAAAGACGAAAAUAUGAAAGAAAUCAUAUGAAAUAGAUGGUAAAAGCCAUUUCACUACUCACAACGUUUCUGAGCAACACAUAAUAACGAUACCACUUGCGAUAUGCUUCAAUUUCCUUAGUCUUUUUCGCAUUCAGCUCUGCGAUGUACCAGCUCGCUUACUCUUUUAAGAGCCACUUAAAUAUGAUUUCAGGGUUGACAAACCACUGGCGUUGCUGUGUGAAAACAAAAGAGAAUAACUCUCUCGUGGUGCAACUGGAUAUGAUAAAAAAUGCGUCAUUUUAUGGCGUUGAUAGUUAGUCUCUAGGAUGAGACCAUUAUCUUUAUUUAAGGGAUCUAAGCAGAGAGAAAAAAAGUGCAUGCGUCACCGAAUGCUCUGUUAAUGGGUCAGUUAAAUCCGGUGUGUUAUUCGUAAUCACAUGGAGAUAAGCCAGACAUAGAGAUAUGCUUUUUGCUAAACGUCAGUGAAAUUUCUGCCUUACAAAUGUUAGUAUUUAACUCUUUGGAAAAACAUAUUAGCAUUUAUACCAUCACUGCAAAUCAUAUCGUAAAUUCGUCAGUGGCUUUUAGCGAAAUAUUUUUCGCGAUCAUUGCUACAUAUAUUACCUAAUCUUGUCGUCGAUACAACACUCGUGAUGUCGUGACUCUUUGACCUGCCUUUUCCCGGUGAUGACAGUUUGUAUUCUGACCGACCUACCAUGCUGAAUACGAUAUCACGCGCCUAUUUAUCACGUGGAAGCUCCUUUUCAGAAAGUUCCCGUAAAGUUUACCCCAAAAAUUAUAACGUUGCACAAAUGGCUUUACCGGAAAACAAAAAGAAAGAUCCUCUAUGAGGUUCCAAGAGAAAACCCCAGUAGAAAAAAAACAAACAAACAAAACAACAACAACAAUAAUAACAACAACAAAAGGACUUUAAGCGAUUUUCCCAAUCAAACUUUAAAACGUAAGGCCAACUUUUGCAAGUUUCUGUGUAUUUCCUUUUUACACGUCAUUAAACAAAGACACGUACAGUUUCAACGAUAAAUUUUACCAGGACUCAGGGAACUAUAUAUUUUCAUUUGACUAUUUAAACCGACACUAACGCUGUUGAAUUUUCCAAUUAGCUCAUGCAAAAACUUGGAGUAAUCCUGGUCAUCAACAUUUGUGAAAUCGCAAACUGUAAAACGAGUUUUAUUCAAAACAGCCUUUUUCGUUUAAAAUAUCCCUGAAAAUAUUAAAAAGAAGAAGAAAAACUGACCGUGAAAGGAGGGAUAUUCCAUAAAAGGUUUCUUAUCUCCCAUAGGAGAAAAAAAAACCGCACACAGUUUGUUAACUUUGGUCAGUAUUUCACAAUGAAUGACGUUGAUUUAUCACGCGAGUGUAAUUUCCGUAUUCAACUUUACAGCUGGGUCUUACAUAAGGCAAAUUCAUUCGCAUAGGCUAUAGUCACGUUUGCGAGAUUAUUUUUGUAAGGUACAAGCAAGCUCUUACCCCACCCCUGGUUUUGUUUCCUGUGUUCCUGUACGUCAGUGCAGUGAAAUCUGCACGAGCGGAUACCCGCACGAAGGACCGUCUCUCCCAUUAAGAAUGUUUCGCUGUAUACAAAAUAUGGGAGAAUAAAGGACUUUUGUUUCCGGGACAUCGUAGCUUAAUCAAAGGUGAAACACAAACAGCGGCGAUGAACAUUGUAGGUGCGCUUACCCAUUUUUAUAUCACCUUGACGUUUUGUAUGCUCGUCAACGUGCAAUUUUCAAAACUUUUUGUCAUUAACCAUAACGGUCACUUUUGAAAAUGUAUAUUGAUUAGCAUUUUUAUAUCAAGUUGAUAUAAAUAUGUUUAAUUUUACAGCGUUCAUCACCGCGCGGUUUGUGAUUUACGUUUUUCUGAGGAAAAUAUAUUAAGUUUGGGAGUCGCAUACGUUCGUGUUCGCGUAGUAGUCUGAAUGUUGGCCAUCUUCAGUUAUUGCAAUUUGAAUAUCGAAAUUGUGUUUGAAAAAAUAAAGUAAGUUUUCAAAGCUAUUCUUCUGAAACUUUGAUGUAAUUAAGCUUUUAUAAUGUCACGAUUUUCACUUAUUUACAAACGCCAAGGAAAAAGAAUGUUCGUAACCAUGGAAACCACUGUCAACAAACCAUGUGUCAUAGCUACCUUACUAAGCCAAAAAGGUCUGAAACCGUCCUUUUUCACUCUCGAACUUUCUAUUGAAUUUGCGUCUUUUUAUCCUUUGGUUUACUAACUUCUUUAUGAAACGCGACUGAAUAUUAUAUACUCAAUACUUCUCGCGCUUUGAGAAUGUAAGAAGCAAUUCACGCACAUUAUUUUAUGCAAUCUUGUUUAACCUUUAUUCAAAAGUCAAACGUUCUCCAACGGGGAUGCCAUCACGCACGACGUAAAUGAAGAAAAAUUGAAUUAAAUUGAUAAUAAAAAGAAAAAAGUAUCCCAAAAUAGAUAAAACUGAUAAAAAGAAUAUGCAGCAGCGUCUUUCCAUUAUAUGCGCUGUCAGCCCAUUACAUCCGAGAUUACAUAAUCGACAGUCUGAAAUUGUGAAAGAAAAAAGUUGCCUCGUGUUUGCUUACUGUUUUUAAAAUCACAAGUUUGUCACUGUCUUUUUUUUUUUUAGCUUUUGUUCUGAUGAACAAUAGUUAAUUAAAUUUCGCCAGCGGGGCUCCUUGUUUCUCGUUUUGCGAUACUACUGUUCGUCUUCGACCUUUUGAAGUUCGGAACGUGUAUGGACUAACUACCAAACUACCAGGCUCCAAGACAAAUCUAACACGUCGCUAGUAGGGAAAAAAUGCAAAUUGUGCGUUAUUUAUUUUUUAUAUAUUUUUGUUUUAACACAAGGUUCCCUCUCUCCCUCAUUAUUUGUAAUCUCAAAACGGUAAAAAAAUUCGCCAGAUUUCGGGAAGUUUCAAGAUUUUCUUGCCUAAGCUAUUAGUUCAUUUUCCAGUUCCGCGAGUUCGCUUUCCGCUUCCUGUUUCCCGUUUUACUAUGUUUUUACCUUUACCCUCCCUAAUUUGUUAGAAAAACACGACUUUUAAUGAUUCUGAAAUUUUGGCAAAUGGACCCAUAACACGAAAGUAUUUGGACAAAACGUGUUUUUAAUGUGACCCCGCUUGAACUUGCUUACCCCUCCAUAAACUUCCCUUAUUUAUAAUUGGUCAGUUCAGUUUGAUUCUAAAUCAUGUGAGUGCUAACUCGUUUUGCGACUUACCGUGUUUCAUUUACGGCUCAGAUUCUUAGGCAAAGGACUGCGUUCUAAUGAAACAAUAUAAAUGCAAGUUAAGGAGGAACUAACAAAUUUAUUUACCUUCACUUCAUAAGUUUCAAACUUUUGUUAUUUGUUUCCGUACCUUACAGAAGUUCAAAGGUCGAUAAAACUAAAUUUAGUUUUAACGACUGAAACGAUUUCAAGCGCUCUGUUAUGGCAGGUUUCAGAGUUUGAGAACAGUAAAGCCAUCUGCACAUAUAAGUUUAUCAUAAUCGUCUUACACGGAAGUAAAUUAAAUCCGUCUUUACAGUAAAGAUAACAAUCCAGCUGGAACGAGCCCAACACUAGCACUGAAAUUAGAGAGAUUAAUUAAAAUAUAAAAAAUGUAUAAAUGCAAGCACAUCAUCGACGUGACACGGUAGCCAUAAACAUAACAACAGUGUUCAGUGAUCAAAACAAAUUAUGCUAAAACCAAUGAGAAAGCUUUUAGGGUUUUAUUUAGUCUGCUGUGUUCAGAUACGGGAUCUACGGGAUCUAAGAUAGCCAUAACCCUAACUUCUCUACUAUGUUUAAAACGAUGAGUUAAAAUGGAGCAAAUUGCAUGAUAGGUUACUAGGUUCAAUCUCCACUACUUUCUCGGGGGAGAUCUUGAACCGGUCCCCGAGAAGAGCCUUACAACCGUGGGGAGGAGCGCAGGCUCAUUUCUCCAACAGAGGCUGGCGUUGAGUCUAAUGAUUAGAGGGAAAUACUCUAUUGCAAUAAUAUUGUCUUGGAAAAUUUCCAAGAGGAAAAAUGACAAAAAAAAAGGAAAAGGAGAAAGCCAAAUAUAUAUCAAUUAGGCUUUAAUACUAAUAAACCUAGAUUAGACUCGAAUACCAGCCGCUGUUCGAGAAAUGACCCCGCACUCCUCCUCCCCCCCCACUUGCGAACAGUCGCCGUCUUUGCUCGGGGAAGACCAAGAGAGCGGCGAAAAUCGAGCCUAUGGCUUCAUAGGAUAAAUUUACGUUUCUGGGAAACUGCCCACCGACCCCUCCCCUAACCCAACCUCUUGCCCUAAGUGAGAAGUAAGUGUUAAUGUUGACUUAGGGGAGGGGCUGGUGGGCAGUUUCCUAGAAACCUAAAUUGAUCUUCUUCAUUAUGCAUAGCCUAUGCCAAUAGGGUUUUUAGCGUGUAAAAACAAAUGCAAAUGCGAUGGCUGCUCGCGAAUUAGUAUGGUGCAAAUAAAUAUAAAAAGUAAUAAAAACGCAUCCUAUAGUGGACUAUUGCGGAGGAGUAUUAAGUCUUAUUAAUUCCUAUUUGGCUUAUAGCAUUUUUUAUCAUGCCUUUAAGCAUUCUUCAAUGACAACUUUAUUGCAGUUAGAUGUAUGUGACGUGUAGUAACACUAAUCAAUUUUGGAAACUUUCUUUCAACAACAGUCACUUCUCAACAUUGGCGCAAUGAUAGGUGGCCCAGUCGGAGGCUGGGCGAUUGACUUCGUCGGUCGCAAGAUCGCUCUUAUGAUUACUGCUAUUCCAUUCACUGGCGGCUGGCUCUUAAUUGGCUUUGGAACGAACGCGGCGCUUUUGAACUCCGGAAGGUUCUUCUCUGGCCUAGGUGUUGGGAUGGCAUCGCUUAUUGUUCCGGUAAGUUUAACUCUUAAGCUGAGUUGUCGGAAGGGAAUUGUCCCAAAUCGUAGGUUGCUUUGACUGUAAAACAGCUGAUUUUUAGCUAAGCGCCGGCGUGAGAUUUGUGCAUGAAGCGGGCCGCUAGCCUUCUUCUAACUCCUCGUUUUCACACUCACUCCAGACCUUUCGUGUGAUCACUUGUGCGCGUCCUAAAACUCUGCAAAAAUAGGAGCUGUUUUGUAGUUUAUAGGUCACACAUCUUACUUGCUUGAUUUGCCGUUAACCCAGGAUUGAGUAAACUUGCUUAUGUAACCGGGACCAGAUUGGGCCAUCAAAUUUCAGUCGCCGCUUUCCCUUUAUUCACGACCAUAUCACUGAGGAUCACCGAGCGAGCGUUUCUUAAUGAAAGCUGUUACUCAGAUUAGAUUGUUCUUAAAAUAAAGGUUUCUUGUUAGAUAGUAUCAGUGUUAGUGCUAAUGAAAUCUGACAUUUCCUUGUAGGUCUACAUCUCCGAAACUGCCCCGAGUCGCCUUCGAGGAGUAUUCGGAGCCUUUAACCAAAUUGGAAUCGUUACUGGUAUUCUAAUGUCGUACGUAAUUGGUUAUGUUGUGGACUGGCGUUGGUCUGCCAUAGCAGGAGUGGGACCUCCAGCGUGUCUGGUUAUAUUCAUGUCUUUCAUGCCAGAAACCGCACGAUGGUUGCUGGCUCACAACAAGGAGGAACGCGCCGAACGAACUUUGACGUGGCUCCGAGGACCGAAUGUUAAAAUUGAAGGCGAGAUAAAAGAGAUUAAGGAGAGUUUCGGUAAGCAUCUACUUAUGUGUAACACAUGACGCUACUGUCAGAUUAAAGAGACGUUUUUAGGUAAUUCAUCGUAGCUUAAGUAUUUCUUCUUAACAACAGGUUGUUCUUGUCAGGUAAGCCUGAAGAAUAGGCGUUAUCUUUUACGCGUUUUUCAACGCCCGCCCACGCCCGCUAAAUAGAAAAUAGUUAAUUUAAAAUUUAAAUUAUGGUCUAUCUUAUACGCCAUCAUUUAUGUUGCUUUUAUCAGACCACCAAGAGAAGAUGUCAUUCAGAGAGUUUCUAAAUCCAAGUAUCCUUCGGCCCUUCUGUAUCAGUAUGGCGUUGCAUUUUUUCCAGCAAACAACAGGGAUCAACGCCGUUAUGUUCUACUGCGCUACAAUCUUUCAAACAGCUGGAUUUCAGAACGAAAGCACCAUGGUAUCAAUUCUGAUAGGUUUGAUCCAGUUCCUCGCUUCAGCGGUAUCUCUGCUCAUGAUCGAUCGCGGCGGGCGCCGUUUUCUACUUAUUGUCGGUGGAACAGGCAUGUUCGUCAGCUGCUUCGCAAUGGGCGCGUACUUUUUCAUGACGAUCAACGAUGCCGCGUCGUACCCUGGUAUCGAGAUUUCAUGGUUAGCGGUCACAAGCAUUGCCGUAUACAUCGUUGGUUUUGUAAUGGCGUGGGGUCCUUGUACCUGGCUGAUCAUGAGUGAGAUCUUUCCCGUGAGGGCCCGGGGCAGGGCUAGUGGAAUCUGCACCCUUUUUAACUGGUUCUGUUCAUUUGUGAUCACAAAGACAUUUAGCGGUCUUCUCAAAGCGUUCACGGCAGCCGGAACCUUCUGGUUUUUUGGAAGUCUAGCGUUUUUAGCAGUCCUGUUUGUCUUCUUUUUUGUACCAGAAACGAAAGGGAAAUCAUUGGAAGAGAUUCAACAGUAUUUUGAAAGCAAGGGAAAAAACAAUUCUAAUAACCCCACCCCGGAUCGAGAGACUGACGUGUGAUUAUGACAACAUGCUGGCCUUACACUUACCAUUUGCCUAAGAAACAUAAAUUAAAUGAAGCAACCAACUUUUAAGAAAUGGACUCCAUCAACUAAACGACCGCACUUGGUGACUAGUGAUCUGAAAUGCUGUACAAACUCGUUUCAUAAGACACAAAAAGACUUUUUCAUUAAGAGACACUAGAGGAGACACUAGGUAUUAUUUUGACCUUCCCAUCCCGUUGUUACGCAGUGUUAUCAUCCAGCCUAUCCAGACCGCCUUAUAUCAAAAUCAACUGUCUCUUCCGUUCAAGCUGAUGUGCGUUAAUUUCGGGUAAAAACGAAAAAAAAAAAAAUGCAGCACCUGCAGUGUAUCACUGUUGUAGCAAUCCUUUUGCUCUCAAGGAUUUGACGAAAUGUCUCUCCACAAGCUGCGGCCGAACUGCUGGGGGCUGGGGAGGGAGUACCUACAGAUUUCAAAUGACGGGGAUGAUCGAGGGAGGGGGCGUUGUUGAAAGCCCUAGGGAUGUUUAGGGUUUUCCUUUUUCCCUGUUCAUCCCCGUCAUUUGAAAUCCUUCUGGGCUGAAUGGUGCCUUUCUCGUUAUCCCCCGAAGUUCAAGAUUGAAUCUAGUAUUACUGCUUUAAGGUUGCGUUAAUUAAGACAACCUUGGAGAUUUAGAGAACCGGUAUUAAAUAGGAGCAAUAGGAAAUAAAGACUGUUAACAAGAAUCCGCACGACCACAAGGGAAUCCCUGGAGAACGUGGUCAUUGUAAACCCAUAACAGAGUGUUUCCAGUGUCACUUUCGUUCCUGCUCCUACUAAGUGCGGCCUUGGAUUUUCAAGGAAGUUAGUUAAGACGUUAAGUUAUUGCAUUAUUUUGCUGGAAUAAUAAGUGUGCUUCGCAGCAGCAGAAGAGAGAAUGGAUAAAUUAGAGUAAACAACUGAGAGGGUGCGUUCGAUUGAUCGUAUUCCGGAAUAAGAACACGCAAACGUUUUGUAGCAAAUAUCUAUCACCGUGCUCUCUGGGCCACUUAAACGCUUCAGUCAUCGGGAUAUCUUAUUCAAGCAGAUGUCUAGUUAUUGCAAAGCAAUGACCGCUAAAAUGAGUGAUUUCAAGAGUUCAUUCCACCUAUUCUUAUAUUCCGUAAUACGGUAAGUCGAACACGCCCAGAAACAAACGUUAAUCAAAACUACGGCACAGGUAGUAAUGGUCAAAACAUGCCCAGUUCGACUGUUAUAGUUGUAUGGUAAAGAUUUUGAUUGAUUAAGUCUACUGAUUGAGUAAAUUGGCUAGUGUUCUAUUACUACUUUUAUGGGGCAUGGCUUUCAGGUAAACCUGUUUCCAUUGCUAUGGGGUCGACCAUUUACAAAAGGAUUUUUUCUCAAUUGUUGUUGUACGCAUAAGACUGUUAACUCGGUGUAAGAUUUUUUGUAUAUAAAUAUUUAAUUGUUUUUUUCUGAGACUAAUGGUCGCACUCUAAGUGCUUUUCGAUUUCAAGAUAUUUUUUUCCUUUAUCGACAAAAUGGAAACUUAUCUAGAUGACAGAACGAUAGAAUGCUGGCACAGGUUGACCUAACUGUCAUGCCACGUGAAAUGUCUUUGAUUAUGAUUGGUUUGCCAGAUUGUCCGCGCUUGCGCCUGCUGUCAUUUUA